ACAAUAAGUGUAUAUAUACGGCUACGGGGAAGAAUUUCUUCCUCUAUUGUUACAUUGUAACAAACGGGGCCGGGGCGGAACGGGGAGAAAGGCAGGCGUCUUCUCGUUACGUUUGAAACAUUUGAAACAUUUUGACAGCAUUCGAUAUAAAAAAAAAAAAAAAAAGAAGAAGAAGAAGCCAAAUUCCGCGUUAAUGCGAGACGAAAGCGAAGCAAGCACCGCCGACUGAAUCCGCCCCGGCGAGAAAAAGGAUAACCGAACACAGAUGUCAGCGGAUUUCUACAUCGCAAGCAUUUCAAGCCCAUCACAAAGAUAAGACAUUCGGCUAAUUAUACCUAUCAUUCACGUUCGGACAUUAAAUCGCAGCUAUUCGUAUGACGUCCUUAUUUCUGUCGUCUGUCCUUUUAAAUGCACAGGCAUGCAACAUUUAAAUAAAAGCCGCAGGUCUAGUAGACAGCUUCUGCUUUCUUCGUGUGUGCAGAACAAUGAGCAUGGAGCCUAAGUAGCCUACUACAGUCACACACAAGUGGUGCAAACUGACAGUCACGCAGGCUUCCACACAGAGUGCUUUAGGAUCCAAUUUGCCCCACGGUUGCAGUCUGGAUCCUCGGUUCAGAGAUAUCGGUUUUGUACAACAACAAAAAAAGGGCAUCUCAUAAGACGUUGGAAGAUUGAUGUGCAGCUCACAUUGGAAAGGGAAACGACCUACAAGUUGGGUGGAACAAGGGUCCUUGGUUUCUGCCCCAGGGUUUUUUAAAGUAUCCACCGAGAAGCCACUUUUUCCACAUCUCUGGGUUCACAUCCACCGGAGUGUGUCGUCUGUGGCCGGACGUGUGCUCCCCUGUGCUCUCACACACCGAGUUUCCAUGGAGGCAGACUCGUCCCUCAGCCUCAAACGAAGAUAUGAAGAGGUGGACAACAGCUCUCCAUUCUCUACACCUAAGGAUUCCGACGAUGACAUUACCAGCAGUGACAGCGCUGACAGCUGUGACAGCCUCAACCCCCCCUCCAGCACUGCAUUUACCCGUAAGGAACAACCGGAGACACACGCUAAAGCCACCUCCAUCCUCAGACAGCACAAGCCGUCACCGGGGGGGAAACGGGUACGUUUUGAUGUGGUGACGGUGUAUUACUUCCCCCGGCGGCAGGGGUUCACCAGCGUGCCCAGCCAAGGCGGCAGCUCUCUGGGCAUGGCCCGCCACCACUCCUCCAUCAGACACUACACGCUGGGCGAGUUCGCCCGAGAACAGGAAACGAGCCACCGGCACACUUUACGCCAGCACCUGCGCCAAGAGAAGCUCAAUGCCCGCAAGAUGAAGCUGACAAGGAACGGCACGGUGGAGUGCGCUCAGGCAGACCUGCUGACUCUGGAGGACGUGUCGGAUGAGGACCUGGACGUGGACGAGGUGGAGGUGGACGACUGCUUCUUUCUUCAGCCGCUGCCCACAAAGCGCCGGCGAGCCCUCCUGCGAGCGUCCGGCAUCGCCCGCAUCGACGCGCGGGAGAAAGCCGAGCUCAGAACCAUCCGCCUCUCGCGGGAGGAAUGCGGCUGCGACUGCCGCCUGUACUGCGACCCGCGCCACUGCGGCUGCAGCCAGGCCGGGAUUAAGUGCCAGGUGGAUCGAAUGUCGUUCCCAUGUGGCUGCUCUCGGGAUGGCUGCGGCAACAUGGCGGGCCGCAUCGAGUUCAACCCUCUACGCGUCCGAACUCACUACCUGCACACCAUCAUGAAGCUGGACCUGGAGAAGAGGAGGGUGCUGAUACAAGGGGCCGGAGACCAGUACGCUGAAUCCGACCACAUGUCCUCCCCCUCCUCCACUUGCCCCACUUCUCCGGACCUAUCCUCCGUCGCCUGCCUGGACUCUGAGCUGGAGGAGAGCGAGGCGCAGACGGCGGUGGAGGUUCAGGAUCUCCUGGCGGAGCGGGACAUCCUGGAGCGAGAGAACGAGACCGCCGUGCUGCACCUGCAGAGCGCCGAGGAGCAGGAGAGGCGGGAGCGGGAGGAGGCGGAGGGGGAGGCGGUGCAGCAGGAGCUGGGCGCGGAGCAGCCUCUCUGCCUCCUGCCCGGGCAGGCGGAGGUCCCGGGGGUGGAGCAGGUCCUCCUGCAGGGUCCGUUCCCCACGGGGGCCACGGUGCUCUGCAUCACCGAAAACCAGGAUGAGAGCCCCUCGGCCCUCCUCAAAGACUCCACUUCUCUGCUCUACUACCAGCUCGGCCCCAUACAGUCGGGAGCCUUCGAGAGCCUGCACAGAGCGCAGGAGGCGGAACAGGAGUAGCACUCUCUGGGAGAACAGGGUUCAGGAGGAGGCCAAAGGAAAGAAGAAGAAGAAGAAGAAGAAGAAGAAGAAGAGGAAGGAGGGGGAGGAGGAGAGGAGUCAAAAGAUGAUUAGCCUGAAUAGAUCCUCUGCAGGCCUAUUUUGGGCAAAUCUUUAACUAAUGUGAUCCUGUGCUCGGAGGGAUACAUGGCAGUAGUGGGGGAGAGGCCCUCGAGUCCCCUGCAGUGCCAACGGGAGGGGGGUCGGCGGGGGAUCUUCCCACUCCCCCCCCCAAAGUUUUACUUGGCUUCUCUGAGAUAUUUGCACAAUGCUCUCUAAGAUAAAAAAGAAAUUACACAUUACAUUAUCACUGUAUUAUAAAAUUAUUCAGGUUGCAAUCUCUUUAGUCCCGUAAAUUUUUGUGGAAAUAAGGUGGUUUUACAAUCGAGGGAGGGGGGGGGGAUGCUGAAAGCACAUACAGACUACUCCCUAGAAGUAAUAUGGAUUCUGUUACAAGGAAACAUUGCGCGUAAUACAGUUUAGGGGUGAGGAAUACGGCCUUAAUGGAAAACCAUUUAAAAAAUACACUUGUGUGUAGGAGUCAUUGGUCGAUGGGAAAGUACACAGCAAGUAGUGAUUUGUUCGUUUCCAUCGUAGCGAACGUAAAACACAAUGUGUGAAUGCUGACAUAAGCCUUUUGUUUGGUGAUGAU